CUCCCCUCCAUUCUUUUUACAGCUGUUUCCUUCCGCUUCUGCGCUCUCACUCGAGUGACCCAAACUUUAAUGCCGCUUGCUCCCCCUCCCUCCCUCCCAAUCCGUCCCACAUUGAUGCGCCUCCCCCUCCACGCCGACGCGGCGCAGCUGAGCUAGUCGCCGGCCGGAGGCGCCGCAGCAGCUCGAGCCGGCGGCAGUAAGGCAGCGAGUGAGUGAGGCGACGCGGAUAGCGACAGCGGGGGUGGUUGGUUGGUGCUGCUGCUCAAAGAACCCUAGAGGAAGCUUGAGGCGGCCGCCAGGGGUUUCUCGCUCCGUAGGCUGCUCCAAAACAGAGAUGGUAACAGCCGAAAGCCUACGUGCAGAGCUGUCAUCCAAGACGCCACCGUUUGGCCUGAGGCUGUGGAUAGUGAUUGGCAUCAGCAUCUGGGUGGUAAUCUUCUGUAUACUGGGUUUCAUGUGCUUCUGGUCCAUUUACCGGAGGAAGCCGAAGAAGUCUGCUGAUAAGAUCCCAGUAUCUCAAAUCCCCGAUGUAUCUAAGGAGAUUGCAGUGGAUGAAGUGCGCCAACAUCCUGUUGUUGAGAACUACCAAGUGCAAGAAAGCCACACGUUGACGGUGCAGGAGAAGCCUCAUGACAAAGAUUCCGGGAAAAUGCUGGGACACUUGGUCAGGACAAAGUCGAGUGAUGCUGAUAAUUUGAGCCAGUGCAGCUCGGCCUACCAAUGCGAUAGGGCUGGUAGUGCUUACUCUGGCGAUGAAGGCAGCUCAGGCAACGCUAGGAGGCAAUAUUCUCAGUAUGCGACCGUCUCCGCAUCUCCUCUUGUUGGUCUCCCGGAAUUUUCGCACUUGGGUUGGGGCCAUUGGUUCACUCUGAGGGAUUUGGAGCAUUCGACGAAUCGUUUUUCUAAGGAGAACAUCAUUGGAGAGGGUGGAUAUGGGGUGGUUUACCGUGGUCGACUCAUAAAUGGGACUGAUGUAGCAAUAAAAAAGCUACUGAAUAACAUGGGGCAGGCAGAAAAGGAGUUCAGGGUUGAAGUUGAGGCUAUUGGCCAUGUCAGGCAUAAAAAUUUGGUCCGUCUGUUGGGAUAUUGUGUUGAAGGAAUCCACAGGAUGCUUGUGUAUGAGUAUGUGAACAACGGAAACUUAGAGCAGUGGAUUCACGGCGCCAUGCGGCAGCAUGGUGUUCUUACCUGGGAAGCUCGAAUGAAAAUCAUUCUUGGAAUUGCUAAAGCGCUUGCUUAUCUACAUGAAGCCAUAGAGCCAAAGGUUGUGCACCGUGAUAUCAAAUCAAGCAAUAUCCUAAUUGAUGAGGAUUUCAAUGGGAAGCUUUCUGAUUUUGGAUUGGCCAAGAUGUUGGGUGCUGGGAAGAGCCAUAUCACAACUCGAGUUAUGGGAACUUUCGGGUAUGUUGCUCCUGAAUAUGCCAACACAGGUCUGUUAAACGAGAAGAGCGAUGUCUACAGUUUCGGCGUGCUGCUACUGGAAGCAGUGACUGGGAGGGAUCCUGUCGACUAUGGUCGGCCGGCCAAUGAGGUGCAUCUGGUGGAGUGGCUCAAAAUGAUGGUCGGCACAAAGAGAGCCGACGAGGUGGUGGACUGCGACAUGGAGGUAAAGCCGACCAUCCGUGCUCUCAAGCGCGCCCUCCUAGUGGCGCUGAGGUGCGUCGACCCGGAUUCCGAGAAGAGACCCACUAUGGGCCAUGUAGUCCGGAUGCUUGAGGCAGAGGAUGUCCCAUCACGGGAGGAUCGGAGGAGCCGGAGGGGCGGCCAUGCCGGUGGCAACGCAGACGCCGAGUCCAAGGCGAGCUCGAGCGAGUUCGAGCAGCAUCAGCAUCAGCAGGGGCCACCGCCAGCGCCCGAGCCCGCGGCGGGGCCGGAGAAGCUGAUCGCGCUGUGCAGGGAGGGGCGGGCCAAGGAGGCGGUGGAGCUGCUCGAGAAGGGGGCGCGCGCCGACGCCGCGUCCUUCUACGAGCUCGCCGGCGCCUGCUCCACCCCGAAGCUUCUCGAGGAGCUCCGCAAGGUGCACGACUACCUGCUCCGGUCGCCCUUCCGGGCUGACCUCCAGGUCAACAACCGGUUCCUUGAGAUGUACGGCCGGUGCGGCAACAUGACGCACGCCCGCAGGACGUUCGACCACAUGCCUGACCGGGACAUGGCCUCCUGGCACCUCAUGAUCGAGGGCUACGCCGGCAACGGGCUCGGGGACGCCGCGCUGCAGCUCUUCGAGGAGAUGAAGCGGUGCGGCAUGGCGCCCACCGCCCGCACCUUCGUGCUCGUGCUCGACGCAUGCGCCAACUCGGAGGCCAUCGAGGAGGCCUUCCUCUACUUCGACGCCAUGUCCCGGGACCACGGCAUCGAGCCCGGCAUGGAGCACUACGUCGGGAUCAUCGAGGUGCUGGGCAAGUCGGGGCACCUCAACGAGGCCGUGGAGUACAUCGAGAAGCUGCCUUUCGAGCCCAAUGCCAUGAUCUGGGAGUCGCUCCUGAACCUGGCGCGCAUGAACGGCGACAUUGACCUCGAGGACCGGGCGGAGGAGCUGCUGGUCUCGCUCGACCCCUCCAAGGCCAACCCCAAGAAGCUCCCGACCCCUCCCCCGAAGCGGCGGCUCGGGAUCAACAUGCUCGACGGGAGGAACAAGCUGGGGGAGUACAGGCUGCCGCCCAAGAUCGAGAAGAAGGUGGUGAACGAGCAGCGCUACGUCCCCGACACGAGGUACGUGCUCCACGACAUUGACCAGGAGGCCAAGGAGCAGGCGCUGCUGUACCACAGCGAGCGGCUGGCCAUCGCCUACGGCCUGAUCAGCACCCCGGCCAGGACCCCGCUGCGCAUCAUCAAGAACCUCAGGAUCUGCGGGGACUGCCACAACGCCAUCAAGAUCAUGUCGAGGAUCGUGGGGCGGGAGCUCAUCGUGAGGGACAACAAGCGGUUCCACCAUUUCAAGGAGGGCAAGUGCUCGUGCGGCGACUACUGGUGAUCGAUCGAACAUGGUUCCUGAACCCUAUUAUAUAUGUGUCGACAGGCAUACAUGCUCUUAGCGCAUAAGCUGUAUCAAGAUAUCUGUUGGUACUUGGUACUGGUAGCAAUAGAGACUCUCCCCUCCCCUCCUCAUAGCUAUUUCUUCAGUUAUGUUUCGAAUGCGUAAUGUCGUCGUAGCCACUAUCUGUUCAAAAAACUAGCGCUUCUUGAUGCACAAAUUAAUACCUUAUUGGUAUGAAUCGACUGAUGGUCGUGUGUUUGAUA